CACGCAAGUAACUGCGUCUUUCAAACAAAAUACAGUUUGUACAUCUCCCAAAACGUUCGUCAUGGAAAACACACUGAAUAUUUCUCUUAUUCAUUAAAUUAUUUCUAAGAAUAAUCGGAUCAAUAACACAAGUUCACUGAUAAGAAGUGAUAGUGAUUGUCAUUUACAUCAUGGAUAUUUUUGAUAAACCCUGCUACAAAACCGUCAGAGAUCUCAUGACUUACAUUGGUCGGUGGCCGUACAUGCCUCGGAUGCAGAGUUUGAUAAUAAUAACCCUUCUAUGGACUGCACUUAUCCUGCUAGCUAUUCCACAAAUUAUUGCCCUGGUUUUGUACUUUAAUGACCGGGACGUUAUGUUAGAAGCCUUGUCGCCAAUUGUAAUAGUUUUUCUGGUCGCCGCUAAAUAUUUGAACGCGAGUUAUCAUGCAAAAUUGCUCAAAAAUUUUUUCGACAGAAUGCAGAGAGAUUGGAUGUUACUGAUUAGUAAUAAAGAGAUACGUAUUUUACAAUAUUAUUCCGAAAUAGGAAGAUCAAUAAUAAUUGGUUACACAGCAUUUUUCUCCACAUCGACAAUAAUAUUCAUUGUGGAACCAAUUGUACCAAGAUUAUACAGCUUUAUUUCAAAAUCCAAUUCAUCUAUUCCGCUUCAAUUUGCCCUUCCGUUAGAAUACCUAAUAUUCGAAAAAGACAAUCACUAUUGGCUUAUGCUGGCCAUCUCUAAUAUGUCUGUUAUUUUUGUUAUGCAUGGUUUUAUAUCAUGCGAUCUUAUUUUCAUUACACUACUGCAGCACAUUUGCGGGCAGUUCGCUGUUUUGGGGUAUCGCAUAGAACGUACACCUACUGCUGAAAUUUCAAAAAAAAACAAUGAAGAAUAUAUGAGUUCUCAGAAAAACGAUCGUGAUGUUUCUUACCAAUAUUUGAUUUCCUGUCUCGAAAUGCAUAAAAGUGCAAUUGAAUUCGCAGAACUUCUUGAAGACUGCUUCACAAUAACUUUCGGCGUGAUAAUUGUCUUGAUUAUACCGGCCAUAAGUGCCACCGGUUAUCAGGUCAUAACGCGGUCUAACACAGUCCAGCAAAUAUUGAAAAGCGCAUCAUUUGUCUGUUGUCAAAUGACUCAUCUUUUUUUUGAGUGCUAUUUGUCGCAAAAACUCACUGAUUCAAGCUGGAAUAUUUCUCAAAACAUAGCAAAUUUGAAAUGGUACGAUCAUACCAUGAAAUGUCAAAAGCUUUUACUUCUAAUGACUAUCAGAAGUCAGAGGCCGUGCAAACUGACCGCCGGUACAAUCAUGGAAUUGUCGAUCGAAAAUUAUGCAAUGAUGCUAAAAACGGCUGGGUCGUAUUUCACGAUGUUAUUGUCAAUGCAGUAAAUAAUUUAUUAAUUAUUUUUUUCACAGUUCAACACAAU